GGAUAGUUUGGCAGGAAUGUGGAUACAGAUUAUCUUCUGAUAAACAGAUGUAGAUUAUUGGUAGGUUUUGUUGUAUCUGGGUUUUCCACUUUUUUCCAUCAGAAAAGCUUUUGCCUAAACCUGUAUCACAUCACCUGAUCAUUUUUAGAUUGUGUGUACGGUUUGCAUCAUUUACAAACCAUUAAUAAGUUAAUUUAAAUUAUUAACAGUUCGAAAAUAAAUACUUGUAUCAUUCCUUGAGAAGAUUAUUACACACUUAUUUUGAAGGAAAUUAAGCAGGCGGGUAAUGGGCUGACGGACAGUUCAACAGGCGAAUCAGAGUCUCCACACCGUUGAGCACGUGAGUCGGAGACCAGACUUCCGUCUUUAAAGUCUGUUUGCUUAAUAUGACAAAAUAUUUUCUCUACGAUGUCUAAAUUGUUAAAGAAUUUUCUAACGGCAUUCUCAUGUAUACAACCAUUCAGACAAUUGCAUAUCUUUACACAAUCAAAUAUGAACGUCCAAAACUUUGAGAAUAGGUCGAUACACUCGGACAACGUUGAAGAAGUCCACAAUGUGCCGAUGGAUGUUAUAAUACGUCCCAUUCCUCCUGUACUCGACGAGCAGAAGGUUCAGAGCCUUAUGAACACUAUAAAGGAUUCUGGGGACAUCCACAAGGUGCCUCCCAUCGACAUACUCUGGAUCCAAGGCAGAGAAGGAGGGAAUUACUACUAUUCUUUUGGUGGCUGUCACAGGUUUGCAGCAUACCAGCAGCUGAAAAUGAGUACAAUCCCUGCCAAGCUAGUCAAGUCAAACAUAUCACAUUUACGGACAUACUUGGGUGCAUCAACUCCUGAUUUACGAUAAAGCUGGAUAACCAAAGUGUUUUUGUGAUACACUCAGAUGUUAACCCCAACAUUAUACCCACCGGGUACAAGUACUAGUAUCCAGAUUAUUUCCCCUAAAAAAGUACAGGUAAUGGAUAAUGUCAACUGUAUUUGAUGCAGAUGGAGCUCUGACCACUAGAUGGAACUAUAAGUCUUUAAUUAUACCAGGCACCUUUUAUAACAAAAAUCUUGGACAAUGUUACUAGUUACAUACCCCUACAUUUAACAGUGAUGUCAUUGAUGAUUCAUUAUUAAACACAAUGUUUAAAGUAA